AAGAAUAAUACCCUAAGCCCUAACCUGGCAGCGGCAAACCAACCGAAGGAAUUAUUCGCUUAGCACCGAUUCCACCUUACUCCUUUGGCUUCCAGCUCCUCUGGCGGCCACAACCACAGAAGGUCUAACCUAUCCAGCCCGCAUCUCACCUUCACCAACCCCCCUUCCUACCACCUCCCAUCCAACCACUCCCCACGAGGCUGAAUUCCUAUCUCUCCAGGGUUCUGCCUUGCUGACCUCCCCCGUUCAGCUCUUUCUCGAAUUGUUGCGAUAACAGACAGCCUUCCCAGGAAGGCAUCAUAAAGCCAGACGUCAUGACGGACGUCCGGUCCAAGAACCUCUACGAGCUUCUUGGCAAUGACCCUGAGCUCGACCCCGACAGACCCGCCGACCCUCCCACGCGGGCUAUAGAUAAGGCUGCUCCUCGUCAUGGCAAGCGUGAUGCCCCCAAGGAGGCUCCCAGCGCCCCUCGCGGCGGGGCUCCUCGCAACAACCGUGGUGCUCAGUCCGGCAACGAAGGAGCUUUCCGUGACCGUGAGGCCGGUAGCUACAACAACCGCAGCAGGCCCGUAGACGAGCACAAGGAGGCUCAGCGCCGUGCAUUCCGUGCUCGCGACGACCGCGGUGAGCGUGUGCGCAACGACCGUCACCCCCGCAGCGGUCACGGUGACACCCACAAGAAGAUCGACCAGGGCUGGGGUGCCACCAGUGGCGAGAAGGAAUGGACCGAUGAGAAGGCCGGUGAGGCCGUCGCCCAGGCUGACGAGAACGAGCCUCAGACCCCCGCUGAGGAGGAGCCCAGCGACAAGAACAAGUCCUAUGCUGCUUACCUCGCCGAACUGGCUGAGAAGAAGAACCAGGAGCUUGGUGUCAAGGAGGCCCGUGCCCCUAACGAGGGUACCAAGGUCGACCCCAAGUGGGCUCAGGCCAAGCCGCUGAAGCGCGAUGAGGAGGAGGAUGCUUACAUCAAGGGCACCAAGGAGGAAAAGAGCAAGCGUGAGAAGCAGCGCAAGGAGAAGAACCUCCUUGAGGUUGACAUGCGCUUCGUCGAGGCUCCCCGCGGCCGUGGUGAUGGACCCCGUGGCCGUGGCCGUGGCGGUCGUGGACGUGGUGGCCGUGGUGACGGUCCCCGUACUGGCGGUCGUGGUGACGGCCCUCGUACUGGUGGUCGUGGUGGUAACAACGGCCCUACCGUCGACGAGAAGAACUUCCCCAGUCUCGGCGCAUAAGCUACUGGCUAGAUGCGGUAUCCGUUUUCUAGUCAAACAAGCGACGAUGAACAACUGACCGCUCUUUCCAAGUCGUGGCUAGCCAGACUCAAACUGAAGUCCGACCUAAUAAAUAAUGGCGGACCCUCUUUUAUUGUCUGCUCUUUACUCGAUGAGGUUGAAAGGCAUCGACAGGAGUUUGACACCUAAAAUCCAGCUUUGUUAUGUGAAAUCAAGUGAACCUGACGCUUUUUUUUUGUCUCUAUUUCCAUUUCCCCGUUAUCUCUUCUUACGUCAUCUUGAAAAGUAUCUUGAAGGAUGCAAGCUCCCGGCAGGCGUCCAGCUACGGUAAUGUUUGCUCUUUCAGGGUCUGUAGAAUAGGCGGGCUGCGGCAGCAGACAAAUGGAAAUUUGAUUACAAAACUCCAUCUAGUAACUACUACUACUAAUAGUAGUAGUAGUAGGCUUAAGUGUUGUGUUUCCCUAUUGGCAGUGGUACAAAAUAACCGUUAGCCAGC